UCUCUUUUGGGGACAAAUGAAGUUGUUCUUCUGCUGAUGAAGCAGUGAAUAGAAAAAUGCCCACAACCUGUGUUUUUCAAUUGGAUCGUUUAAAUCCAGUGUAUAAUAGUGGAGAAUAUAUAAGUGGGCGAAUUUUAUUACGCACGGACAAAGUGAAACGUGUAAAUGCAGUCUAUGUCACAUUGGAGGGUGAGGCCAAGGUUCAGUGGUCAAUGAGUGGCAAAAGCGAAACAGCCAAUUAUUCGGGACAUCAGCAAUAUUUACAUUCACGGACUAAUGUCUUUGACAAUUCACUGUUUCGCGCUGGUGUUCACGUAUAUGUGCUUACAUUGCGUAUACCACCAGAUUGCCCAACCACAUGCAAAGGACCCUAUGGCUAUAUAGCCUAUAAUAUAUCCCUUACCAUUGAUAAGCCAUGGGGAUUCGAUGAAGUGUUUCGUAAACCCAUUCAUGUGGUUCAAACAUUGGAUUUAAAUUACAAUACAGAGUUUGCGCUUGCCGUUAAAGAUGAAAACAUUAAAUAUCUUUGCCAUUGGCCGUGCAUUUCUGGUCCCAUUGCAUCGACACUGACUUUACCUGCAUCAGGUUUUACACCACUUCAAGAAGUGCCUUUUCGUGUCGAGGUUGACAACCAAUCGCCACAUUACGAUAUUAUUGGACUUGAAGUCUCUAUUAAGCAGCAUUUUGUAUUCCUUUCACGUAAACCGGUUAAAAGGAAUUUCUAUACAAAAACAUUAUGUAAAGAACUGAUAACAGAUCGAACUUUAAGAUUAUCUAAGCGAUUGUAUGAGGGCUCCAUUUGUAUACCCAUGGAUACACCGCGAUCUACCUUGAAUCCGAAUUAUAUAGUUUUUCUGCAUUAUACACUGCAGCUGAAACUUAAGACGGGCUACUUUCAUUACGAUACAGAGUUAUCGGUGCCAAUUGUUAUUGGAACCACACCGUUGCAGCAUAUGCGAGGAUCUGUGCAUACGCAACAGCCCAGCCGAAGGACACCCACACCAGAGAGGCAACGUCUGAUCGAGAGAGUCUCACCCCGGCCGCCCACAGUCACAGAGGAGACGGCCCAGGAAACGGCUGCUGAGCCGCAUCAAACCAUUCCAGAUGAUGAACCGCCCACUUAUGAUAGUUGUCUUCCACCAUCAUUUAGCUUUGCCACUCUUGGCAGUCAACAGACCCUCGAUAGCCAGGCAUCAUCGGUCCUUCAACGUAUUCAUAUGCCCAAAUUUCCGGGCUUUACUACUUUCAUAGGCACUGCUCCGGCCCAUGGGCUUGAGGAUUCUGGUCUGGAUAUGCAUCACUAUCGUUCAUAUGGCUCACUGGACACAGACCACACUGGUCGUAGUUUGGAUACGUUUGGUUCCCUGUGCGGCCCACUGUCCGAGCAGAUUGAAGUUGAAGAAAUUGCGCCCACUGAAGUUCAUGAUGUGUCGGCCCAAGUGCACCAAGCUCAAGAGGAGCACCAAUUCUGAGAACAAAAAUGUGUCUUAUCUAGGGAUAACUUAAUUGGAGUAUAUAAACAUACGUAAUUGCUAAGUAUAAGUGCUCAGAGCUAAGGCUAAUAGAAUAUUAUUUUGACUGGAUCUUAACUGUCCGUCAAUCAAAAUUCUAUAUAU